CCACCAACAAGGAAAGAGUCAAUUCUAUCUAUCUCUUAUUCUAUGGUCACAGAUUAGUGACAGAUACAGUAGUGACGUUUGCAUCACAGCCCCAGAACAGAUAGCUCUCCAAUCGUUUUUAAUAGACAUCUUAUGGAUGAGAGAGACAAGAAAAGACGAAGAAUGAAUACGGAGGGUGAAUCUGUCAACCGGGAUCAUGACAACGAAAAAACUGAUGGUGCCCAAAUUGUUGCUACCGAUAUUAGACCACCAAAGAAUCUGGACACAUCAAAUUCAUCAGAUAUCGCCGAUUUAAGCACAGAAGAAUUUAAGAUUGUCCGAACAAAACUCACCUUUGUAGAUAAGAGCGAGGGCAUAAAACGUUUUUUUGAAUGCCCAUCAUCUGGGGUCCAGAUAACAGCCCCGAGACGUUUUGGAAAAUCAACAUUUAUUAAUAUGAUCGAGGAAUUUUUGAUGAUAACAGUGGAUGAAGAUGCAAAGCCAAUUUCAAAUUCAGAAAGUUCUGAUAAUUACAUGAUGUUUAUGAAUUUAAAGUUAGGUCAAAAGCAUGGUGAUUUUGUUAAGAAACAUUGUGGUCAAUAUCCUGUGAUUUCGAUGAGCCUUAAAAGUGUGCAAGGUACAGCAAAAACAGAUGUUUUAUACUCUCUGAAGAUAGCUAUUUGUGAGACAUUCGAGAAGCAUUCUUAUCUGCUUGAAAAAGUUAAUGGUUCAAGGAGAUUUAAAAAUAAGGAAAUAGAAGAGGAGAUCGAAACAUUUUUGAAAUAUUAUGAAAGCCGUAGGUUGGAGCAACUGUCUGAAGUGGAUGUAACAAAUGCUUUGAAAUUCUUAUCUAAAAUAUUGUACACUCACUUUAACAAGAAAGUUGUUAUACUUGUAGACGAGGCCGACGCGCCCAUUAUGAAAGCUAUUACAGAGAAUGUGGAAGAUGAAAACCUGAAAUACCUCAUGCGUCUUCUUAAGGAAAUGUUGUCAGCGGGCUUGAAGAGUAACAGAUUUUUGGCACGUUCAUUAGUUAGUUCCUGUGUUCGCUUAUCAGGCGUAUAUUCCUGGGAAAUAAACAAUCAAUAUCAUGCUCUGUUCCUCCAAAAAAGAAAAUUUUCUGAAACAUAUGGAUUCACAGAACAGGAAGUACAUAAUCUGUUAGAGAAUGCUGCAUUUCAAGCAGUAAAUGAUUUUGAUGGUGUUAAAAAGUGGUAUAAUGGAUACCAAACGUUAAAUAAAGAUGGGGCACCCAUUUACAGUGGCUGGUCUGUUAUAAGUUAUUUGAGCGAGAGUAUUCAAGAAGAAAAAAAAAUGUUUGACAAUUAUUGGGCUAAGUCAGGCUUACUGGAAAUUUUAAAAAAAUUGUUUGUAAAUCAUGAGAUACAAAAGAGAAUCGACAAACUUAUUGAAGACGAGAAUAUUUCAAUAGUAAUAGCUGAGCCAACAGUUGAUAAUAUAUUGAAAUUGAAAAAUACGAUUUCUUUUCCAUCUAGUAAGUUAGAGGAGUCACAAGUGGAUUUCUUCUUCCAGCUACUGUGGGAUGAUGGUUUGUUGAAUGCAAUUGAAAAGAAUUCUAAAACUGUAGUACUAAAGAUACCAAACUUUGAGAUUAAGACGGAAAUCCAAUGUAAAUGUUACACUCAAUCACUUUUUGAAGCCAAAUAUAAGCUCAAAUUUGAGAAUAUAGAGAGAUACAUAGAAGCACUCAAUCAACUGCUACUAACAAGUAGUAAUGAAGAAGAAAGUGCGGACGAGGAAAGUAAUGAAGAAAAAGGUGAGCUGAAGGAAGGGACAACUGAAAAAUUUGAAAGAGCAAUGCGCAACCUUGUUAAUGCGGUUUCACUUCUUUUCUCAGGUGAUGCGACAAUUCCAGUUAAUGAGUCAGAGUUACAUCACAUACUGUUUUAUUUACCAUAUAAUAAUAAGCUUUUCACAACACAGUCUAGUAGGCCAGUUGUGAAAGUAUCAGAACAGUUGCGAGAUGCUAAGACAAGUUCUCAAAAUAAGAGAAGAGAAAAACAUGGAAGAAAAAAUGAGUGUGACAUAUGUGUGACUCGUGGAACAGGUGGAGCCAUAUUGGAAUUAAAAUUACUCAAUCAGAUUAAUGCAAACGAAAAUUCAAAAGCUGCGCUUCAACAAAUUAUUGACGGAAAAUAUCAUACGCUUUUUGACAGAGACGAAUAUAAGCAUGUUAGAACCAAAAUCUAUGUUGGUCUGUGUUUUAAAAAAAACUUGGAUGUGACAGCGCAUUACUUAGUCGACAAUAUUGAUAUAAACAACGCAAAAAUUGUAUGUAGACACAAAUAAGUUUUUUUAAAUAUUUUUUCUUUUUUUUGUUUACUAGGUGUAUGUAUUUUCAUUUCAGUUAGUUGACGAAAUAAUCUUAGAAUCUUUGUAUAUUUUAUAUUAAUAAAUAAUAAUUAAUAA